AUGACGCCUUGGCAAACAAUAGGCGCCUUUAGGUAUAAAUGCACCUCGGGCAGGCGGCGCCGCGAUGCUCAGCGCUCCUGGGGGGCUGCAGGCUCAGCCCGGUGCCCUGGCCCUCGCCCCGCACGCGGGAAGAUGCCCCGGGGGUUUCUGGUGAAGCGGAGCAGGAGGGCGGGCGGCUCCUACAGGGUGCGCCGCCAGGAGAGGGACCUCCAGCAGCCGCUACAGGUGCCCCCCGCCCAGGAGCCCCCGCUGGCCGCGGGGGCCGGCCCACCCUUGUCCCCGCUCCCCAAAGCCGCCCGGGAGGAGGGGGAGCCGGUCGCUCCGCCGCCGAGCCCGGAGCCAGCUCCUGGGAUAGCCACUUGCCGGCCAACUCCGCCCGAGGGACCGGCCGCCUGGGGUGCGGGGGGCGCCUGCAGCGCGGCGGGGCUGAGGAAGGCUUUCUUCGAGCGCUGCCUCAGCUCGCCCGCCUCCGCCGAGUCCUUCCCGCCCGCCGAGAGGCUCCUGCUGCCGCCCCGCACGCCCCUCCCCGCGCCGGGCGGCCGGCUGGCCCAGGAACCGCUCUGCCCGGCGCUGAAGCGGCCGCCCCGGGCCAAGGCGCCGGCCAAGAAGCCCAAGGCCCUGCGGAAGCUCAGCUUCGCCGACGAGGUGACCACGUCGCCCGUGCUGGGGCUGCGGAUCAAGGCGGAAGGGCCGGAGGGCAGGGCCGGCCCCCCCGCGGGCGGGCGCACGCCGCUGGGCGAGUUCAUCUGCCAGCUGUGCAAGGAGCAGUACGCCGACCCGCUGGCGCUGGCCCAGCACCGCUGCUCGCGCAUCGUGCGCGUCGAGUACCGCUGCCCCGAGUGCCACAAGAUCUUCAGCUGCCCGGCCAACCUGGCCUCGCACCGCCGCUGGCACAAGCCCCGCCCCGCCGCCGGCGCCGACGGCCCGGGCGCCAAGAAGCCCUCGGGCGCCCCGUGCCCCUCUGAGGGGAAGGAGAACAGCAGCGAGCCGCGCCCCGCAGCCCCAGAGGGGCCGCGCCAGCCGCCGCCGCCACCCGAGCAGGAUCAGCACCCCAGCGCCGCGGACAGCUCCUGCUGCCGAGACCUGAAGCCCGCCGGCCAGAGCGCCCUGUGCCUGGCGGGCGGCGAGGGGCUGAGGGAGGCGGCCCCUCCGGGCCCGAUCCCCGGCGGCAACGAGGUCUUCGUCUGCCCCUACUGCCACAAGAAGUUCCGCCGCCAGGCUUACCUGCGCAAGCACCUCAGCACCCACGAGGCGCCCCGGCCCACGGCCUACAGCCCCCUGGAGCGGGGCCAGAUCACCUUCCCCUGCCACCUGUGCGGGGCUCACUUCCCCUCGGCGGACAUCAGGGACAAGCACCGGCUGUGGCACGCCGUGCGGGAGGAGCUGCUGCUGCCCAUGGUGCAGCCCGAGAGCAGUGCCACGGAAGGGGAGCAGCAGAUCUUCUCCUGCAAGCACUGCCCUGCUACCUUCUUCAGCUCGCCGGGCCUCACCAGGCACAUCAACAAGUGCCACCCCACGGAGAACAGGCAGGUCCUUCUGCUCCAGAUGGCCGUCAGACCAGGCUGCUAA